GAGAUAUUUUCACUUCCGGAUCAGAGGCGCUUCCUUUCCUGUCGGCCAUUUGUCGUAUACGAUUAGUAGGCGACCGCUUGUACAACCUUAUAAACAUGCAGAACGACGCUGGUGAAUUUGUGGACCUCUACGUCCCCCGUAAAUGCUCUGCUAGCAACAGAAUCAUUGGAGCCAAGGAUCAUGCUUCCAUUCAGAUCAACAUUGCUGAGGUUGACAAGGUGACCGGUCGCUUCAAUGGUCAGUUCAAGACCUACGCUAUCUGUGGAGCCAUCCGCAGAAUGGGUGAGUCUGACGACUCUAUCCUGAGGCUGGCAAAGAAUGACACCGUUGUUGCAAAGAACAUCUGAGUGUGAUGCUGAAACUGUGGAGACUUUGUAAAAUAAAAUGGAGACAAAAAAAACA